AUGCCGCAAUAUCUCUCAUUGAUCCCCCCGUGUAUACAAAUGAUCAGUGCCUUUUCUAUUUUUCUCAUCUUUAUUCCCUGGACUUUUAUCCAUGCAUGCAUACCUACGCAACAGAUUGAAACGACUACAUAUCCUUACAUAGCACCUACCACCAUUACUGUCCUUACUACCACUACUACAACUACAACCACGACUGUGACCCCCGAUUGCGUAUCCUGUACGGUUGGCUUGCUCACAUUCACCACCGCAAACUUCGGUGAUAUGACCCCUAUUCAAACACCUGGAACCGACGCAAAUAACUGUGCAAUUCUUACUUUGACGUGCCAAGGUACACCUGUUGAUCCACUGAACAAUGUUUAUCUUAUAUACUACUCGGAUUCUAAAGUCCCACGAGAUGCUGGCGCGGAUAGCGGUACAGGAUCCAUACAGACGGUUCUGACAUGUGUUAAUGGAGUUUGGGACAAAGGUGGCUAUGAAAUCAAUGAAGUUGAGUGUCAAGUGCUCUGA